AUGGAAAUUCCAGGCGUCCCCAGGGAGGGAGCUCGGGCUCGGGGCUGUGAAAGGCUCAUUUAUCCAGAGCGCUGCUGCGGGGCGCUGCAGACACUGACUAACCCCCGCCCCGCUCCGGCUCGCUCCGCUCCCAGCCAGCCCGGCCCCGCGCCCCCGGCAGCCCGCACCAUGCGCUCUCCGCCCGCCGCUGCCGCCGCCGCCUUGCUGCUCCUGGCCGCGCUGCUGCUGGUUGCGCCGCCGCUCGGGGAGUCCGAGAGCCCGAAGGGGAAGCACAAGCCGCUGCGCCAGAGGGAGGUGGUGGACUUGUACAAUGGAAUGUGUUUACAAGGACCUGGUGGUGUUCCUGGACGAGAUGGAAACCCCGGCAUCAAUGGAAUUCCUGGGACACCUGGAAUCCCUGGUCGGGAUGGGUUGAAAGGAGAAAAAGGAGAAUGUAUGCGAGAAAGCACUGAGGAGUCUUGGACACCCAACUUUAAACAGUGUUCAUGGAGUGCACUGAAUUAUGGCAUAGAUCUUGGGAAAAUUGCAGAAUGUACAUUCACAAAGAUGCGCUCUAACAGUGCUCUAAGAGUUCUCUUCAGUGGAUCACUUCGACUCAAAUGCAAAAAUGCAUGCUGCCAGCGGUGGUAUUUUACAUUUAAUGGAGCCGAAUGCUCUGGGCCACUUCCUAUUGAAGCCAUAAUUUAUUUAGACCAAGGAAGCCCAGAGCUGAAUUCAACUAUUAAUAUACAUCGCACUUCUUCAGUGGAAGGACUGUGUGAAGGAAUCAGCGCUGGGUUGGUGGAUGUUGCUAUUUGGGUUGGUACUUGUGCAGAUUACCCAAGAGGUGAUGCUUCUACUGGAUGGAAUUCUGUCUCUCGUAUCAUCAUUGAAGAGCUGCCGAAAUAGAAGUUUUUUCUAAACUUCCUUAUAACCCAUCGUUCCCAAGCCCCCCUAUCAAUUUUUUAUACAGAUUUUGUACAAUUAACUUUGAAAUUGAAUAUUUCUGUAGAGCUUUGUAAGCAUCUGGCCAGAAUACACAGACUUGCUUACAAGCACCAUAGUUAAACAGUUCAGCUGGAAAAGCUCAACAUGUAGGCACAUCACUGUUAAGCACACCUGGCAAGUUCUUCUACAAUAUAUGUUUAGAAUAUUAGAAACAAGUUUGUCCAGUUGUUUUAUUAUAAUUUGGACUGAAUAUUUAUCACCUUUGUAAAAACUAGAGAUGAAAUCUUUUUAUAUCGGUUAAAUAAAUAAGACCUUUUAUAAAGAGAAGCAAACAUCCAGGCUAUUUUAUUGUCAGCAAAAUGCAAAGGGUUUUACUUUUUACAUGACUAUUACGAAACAGGUGUAUUAGAGUAGCUUGACAGACAUGAAAGUAGUAUCUGUGGAGAAAAUACUAUACUUUAUUCUUCAUUUUAGAUUUCAAGAGCAUUACUUAAAAGCAUCAAAUCAUAUUAUUCGAACCUGACUGUACUACUGUAGCACCAGAUUAUUCAACUUUACUAUAGUUCUGAUUCAACUCCCAUUAAUGUUAGUGAGAGUUGGAUCCAGGCCGAUAAGCAGCAGAAA